AUCUUAUCUUAUCUUAUCUUAUCUUAUCUUAUCUUAUCUUAUCUUAUCUUACCUCCCACCGCCCCAAGAGCUUAUGUUCUCAGUUUCGAAAGGGGUGCGGGGAUUUGCGCUUUUCUCUCUCUCUCGAAAUUAGAGCACCUAAUUGAAAUGUGUAAUAUUUGUUCAUUUACCUUUAAGCAUUGUUAUAUGUUAUCAUCUAAAGCUCAUUACAAAGAUACUACGUCACUUUUUAGAAUGCAUGUCUCUCUUUCUGAACUACUGUUGUAUUGGGGUGGGACUGGGGUUAGGGAGAUCACAAAAAGGGCUGGGGCUGGAAGGGUUAAGUCUCUCACACCUCCUUGGCCUGAGAAACACCAAAGGUCAUCUUUUUACUAUGUGUGCAUGAGCCUAGGAUCGAACCAAGCACUGUGGCAUGAGAGGCUAGCACCUUACUUCCAGCCUAUCAAGGCCCUGCUCUGAUGAUUGAAAAUUUAUGUUUGCACGAAGUACUGUUUUUGUUUUGUCUGACAGCUGUUUGCCACUUUCAGGAGAGCUGUGAGGACGUGGAGAUAACUGCGGAGGGUGUGGCUCUGAUGUGCCUGGCUCUCAUGGUAUGUCACAGGCCUGCUGGUGGGGGUGUCAGCGUGGACGGGCUGGGUUCGAGUCCAUCCAGAGAUCAGUUCUCCAGUGUGAUAGAGGCUGCCGUAGUGUGCUUGAAAUGCUCGACGGCGAGGGAGAUGGAGGAGUCUGGGAGGUUUCUCUCUAGCUACGCCUCGGCCGUCCUACACCACUGCAGGGAGCAGGACAGGAAGUGGCGGGCUUGUGACGUCAUGGAGGUGGACCCUGGGUCUGCUGACCUUGCCCAGCUCCUGCCUCCAGCGCUUGUGAAACUG